UUGAAAUCGUCAUCAAACGGAACAGUUGUGAAUUACGAUGCAUUGCAGUGGAGAACAUUCAGUGUGUUUUAGUGUAUAAUUCAAAUUAAUAUAUAGUUUUCUUCUAAUGCUGACAAGGGUUAUAUUUUGGCAAUUCGCCAGUGUUGGAGGUUUGACUGUGACGUGCCGGUGGGACCCGGACAGUGGUCUUCAUGUUUAAUGACAACCCAGGGAACCGACAUGCUGAAGUACCUUACGCAGAAAUUCAGAUCUCAGACUUUAAAUGAAAUUCAACCUUUUCAAAAUAAGGGCGACGAGGACCACGACUCAGGGACGGAGUCGGACGAGGACAUACACGAUGAGCUAGAGGACGUAGAUGACUCUGUUUCUGAUUGUUCCCACCAUUUUUGCUGCACAUGCAACCAGUCCUCCAUGUCUAGAACAACAACCCACGAAAUCAGUGAAUACAGCCUCGACAGCAUUAGCUGUACGUCCGACUACGAACGACAAAGCCUCGACUUCGAGCGACAUAGCUCAGAAGAGGAACUGUCCACAAUACACAAGGAGAUCGCAUCAGAAAAACGAAAAUGGUCUCAUGCUCAUUCAUUAAGUUGCGACAGUACCGGAAGUGUUGAUGAGGAAGUCAAAGAACUAAUGUUGGAACCGCAACCGAUCAUGUUUAGUUCUUCACCUCCAAAGGACAUAUCUGUCGAUUAUACUACAUGUAUUUCAUUUGACCAUGAAAAUGAACAGAAUUGUGAAGGAACUAUCCAUCUCAUAGUUGGACCAGGGUCUCAAACUUCUAGUUUUAGAUCAGAAAACUCAUGUGAUGUAGUUUUAAGCAAAGAUAAAAAGAAACACCAAGCUAUUACUCCAAACUCUAAAUUGUCUUUUCCAAAGGGAGCGGUCCCGGCGUUAAUAUCGCCAAGAAAACGACAUCGCAAGAUUUCAGUCUCGGAAAACGGAAGUGAAUAUCAAUCAUCCGCCGUGAGGCGACCCAGUCUUGACUUCGAGAAAAUGCAGAAAAAUGCAGUGAAAAAACAAUGUGUACACAGUGUUGGCAAAGCAAAAGUUGUUAAAAUCAAGACCGUGAGCGGAGGUAAUACAGUGACGUCAAAAUGUUUAUCCGACCCCUCCAUUUUCUCAUUCCGGUCCAUCAGCAGCGUCCGUUACGGUCCACUGACGCCAGUGGAACAACCGCCAUGUGCUCACUAGUGAUGACGUCACGGCAUUUUAAAAAUGUCUACAAAGAAUGUCUCAGAGAUGACCCAAGAGCCUGUGGGUGAUUUUGCUUUCAAAAGCAGUGGUUGCAAAAACAGUGCGUGUUAAAGUAUUGUGUUAAGAACUUGCUAUUAUUUUCUCAGGCAAAACAACUGAUUUUCUCAGGACAAGAUGACAAGAACAACGCCGAUGGGGACAAAGGAACUUGGUAUGAACGUGUUUGGGGGUGAGAGUGAAAAGUGCGCGUUUCUGCUGCACGGAAAAUUGAGAAGUUGUGUUCAACACUGGUAGUGUAAUACUAGUAUGUUUUGUGGGGUUUUCUUUUUAAAAGUGACGAGAAAAUGGCAAAUCAUUAUUAGGGUAUACACUCUUUGUAUAUUUCAUGAACUAACUUGCCAUAUACCAUUUAUUUUCAUAUUCUUUAUACUUGACAUGGAUAUGUACAUUUUACGCACAGAUUUUUUUUUUUUUUGUAAUUUCUACAUAGACGAAUGUGUGUAGAUAUGAGUAGUCCUCCCCACAUUUUCUACCUCCGACGUUAGAGAUUAGGCGAUGUCUUUCCAAUGUUGUAUAAUCACUGAGGUCACAUAAGUGACAAAAGUUCAUACAACUUUUAGUUUUUUAUUCUAUAUACGUCUGUUGAUAUUUUUUCUGUAUGCUUAAUUGUGAUGAUAUGGUGUUAUGUGGUGUUAAAACAACCAAUUUUCUUUAUAGUAAUGUACAUGUAUUAGUAUCUGAAAUUUUUACAUACUUUUCACCGUGUACAUUACCAGCAACGGGAUUAUUACUCAUGAUCAUUGUUACCAAAACGAAAUACAUUGUAAACAUGGUAGGAAAUGAGCAUGUACACAAGACCAUCUGUAUUGGACUAUUGUGCAAUAUAAGCCUUUAUCAAUCAGUAAUUGUUUUGAUGCUGAGUAAUUUGAGGAUCGCGGGUCGAUCCUUUAUUCCAUAAAUGCAUCUCAAUUCUUGUGAAAUGACAUCCAGAACCCCGUUAUGAGACGCACAAAAUACGGAUGUCUACCAGUUUUUUUUUUUUUUUUUUUUUUUGUUUUUUUUUUGUUUGUUUGUUUAGAAAUCUUUGUAAAAAUGUGUUUUACAGAAUUUUUGAUGUUGUAAAUCCGCAUAUAGGUAAGUCGAUGGGUCUCUAUAUUUAUGAUCCGACGCAGCUCUUCGCCCGCAGCAGGAAAAGAACGAAAUCUGACAUCGUAUAUAACGCUAAUUACGCCAAUUAUUUACGUCUCCCUAGUGUAUUUUAUUAUUCUUUAUCAACUAGACUAAAGUAGAAAAUGUGAUCAAACGACACCCGGCUACCUGUUUAAAUCAUUUUUUCAUUUCUUUACAUAUCAAAAUAUGGUAGAGCCGACGACACGUUUACACGCCAUUAAAAACAAGUGGAUAAUUCCUGAACCGGUAAUCGAUACCAAUUUCGUGGGUAAUAUACAUUGAUUAAAGUCAAUCAAAUACAUAUGUGGCACGCUUUGAAAAAUCUGAUAUCAAAAAAAUUCUACCCUCAAACUGUGUUGCUUUCAAAACACAAGUUGAUGUAAAGGAUUUGAUCGUAACACCUUAACGCUGCAAAUUACGUACCACGCAAUUCUGUUAGCCUUGACCUUGCAAUGCGAGUAUAUUAAUUAAUUUCUUGAAUCAAAAGGAUUGAAAGUCGUUUUUUAGUCCCACACACAUUAUGUGUAAUCAUGUGGCUUUGCAAAAUGCUGAACAGAAAAAUAUUUUUGUAAGUCUAUUUUCCUCUAUUUAAGUCUAUUUCCUCUAUUUACCAUAGACAGUUACUGUAGACAGUUUCGUUUGAUACUAAAUUUAAGAAUUGUCAGUUACAUGUGUGUUACCCUUGGAUGACGUAUACUGUUAUACUGUUAUACAUGCAGAUACAUUUGUUCAUAGUAUGUAACUUUAAGGAACAAGCAAUGCAGGUGAAUGAAUAUAUAAUAAAAUAUAAAAACUGUAA